UCCAUGCGCCGCGUCUCAAUCCACCAAGCAUGGCGGAUACCAAUAUAGAGACGUAUUUCAUGUCCCUUGAAUUUUGGUUUGCUGCUUCGGGCAUAGGCGCAUUGCACGAUACGCGAAAAUACAACAUUGUGAUGGCACAGGUCCCGCCGAAUAAACUCACCGAGCUAAGGGCAAUCAUCGACGGCACACCAGCGGUUGAAAAAUAUGCGUACAUCAAAGCGAAGCUGAUCGGUUAUUUUGCCGAUAGUCAGCAGAGGCGCUUGCAGCGCGUCUUGUCCGAUAUGCCGCUUGGUGACAGAAAACCGAGCCAGCUUCUUAACGAAAUGAAGCGCGUCGCUGGCAACUCCCUUAGUGAACCUGUGCUGAUCGAUUUGUGGGCAUCAAGGCUGCCACCACAUGCGCAAGCUGCAGUGAUCGCUUCUAGUGGUGACGCCGCGGAUAAAACCACCAUCGCUGACGCCAUUGUUGAGUCAAUGAGCCUUAGAAGCAUUAACGCCGUUGAACGUAGCAACCCAGCGAUGGCGUCUGGCCACGUGUCUGAUGCCGCAAUGUCAACGACCGCAAAUCCAGCCAGUGAUCCUAUAUCGGACCUUCGGAAAGAGAUUGCCGAAUUAUCAAGGCGGCUCGAAAACGUGCUUCCUAACAAAAGUCGAGGACGAUCGGUUUCCCGCAGCAGAUUAACACGUAGACGCAGUUUAAGUCGCGGAAGCGAUUUUUCGACCGGCCCCUGUUGGUACCACCGCAAAUUCGGUAGCGAGGCUAGGAAAUGCCGAAAACCAUGCACCGGCCCAGGAACAACAUCUGCACAAUAGUGUCGCUCUGCAGAUGCUGCGGUGGAGACUGGCGAACUCACCACUACAGCCGCAAUCUUUCGUUUACGAAUUGCUGAUUCAACUACGUCAACGCAAUUUUUAAUCGACACCGGCGCCGAUGUGUCUGUGGUUCCGAAAGAUAUGCUUACUGCGAGAGUAAAACCAUCCCCGAUAAAACUGUUCGCCGCGAACGGAUCGCCUAUUAAUGUGUACGGUGAAGUAUUGUUAAAGAUAUGAAACGGAAGCGCCUCAUCGAUAAUACCACCCAUCUUGAGUCCGUUGGGUUACUAGCGAAGAGUGAGCAGUGUUCGGUUAAAACUUUUAGUACAGAGUCGCCUUACGCCGAGUUGUUAGCCGAGUUUCCGAAUAUCACUCGCCUGGCGCCACCGGGUACGAUUAGCGAUGCAUCGAUUCACCAUAGAAUCGAAACGACAGGGCAACCUGUUUACGCACGCCCACGACGUCUGUCCCCGGACAAGCUUCAAGCAGCGAAGACCGAAUUUGAGCAUCUAAUGAAGCUUGGCAUAUGCCGACCAUCCAGCAGCAGUUGGGCGAGCCCACUCCACAUGGUUAAGAAAGCAGACGGUUCUUGGCGGCCGUGUGGAGACUACCGAGCACUCAACGCGCAAACCAUCCCGGAUCGCUACCCUAUACCGUACCUGCAGGACUU